AUGAUUCCUGCGAGAAGCCAGCCCAAGUCAGGCUGGCUAGAGUUGUUCCCGAAGCUUUGGCGAUGGCCCAAAUUGUUGUGUCUUUGCAUAGCGUUGCUUUCGAAGCGUGCCAGAGAUGGAUUAAUCAGGACACCUGAACUGCUCAGGGCCGUUUGGCUUAUGCGACGACGUUUCUUCGGCAGCCACACCAGCCUUGGCAAUAGGCUCCAAGAUGCGGCCGCGCAAGCGAGCCCACCGCCGCCAAAUCCGGAGCAUCAGCUGUCACGCGGUCAUGGACGCGCCGUCGCGGCCUUCGCAGUCCCGUCUUAUGCAGCUGGUGCCCGUGAGGCUUACACGAGGCGCUAUGUUGCAGACCUUGCACGCGUGCAAAGCAUGCUGCCUCCAGAGUCUCGUUGGAUAGAUACCCACUGCCACCUGGAGAGCAUAUUGUACCGCACGUGGCCAGGAGGCAAGAGGCCUCGGGUCAUGGACAACGAGGAACCCAUGGAUCUUCUCGCUCUCGUGGAGUCGUGGCCACCUGGCCUCGAGGCGUGCAUUUGCAACAUUGCGUUCCAGCGUCUCAGUGAAUCGUGGGGCCGCAUGUCGGAGUGGGAAUGGCUCACCGAGACUCUCCCAGUCUUACAGCCGGGCACCCUGCUUGGAAGCAAGAUUUGGUUCACGAUAGGCAUUCACCCGAGCGAUGCGGACAGAUGGGGAAGCGAUGCUGAGCGGCAUAUGUGCUCACUUUUGAGUCAUCCGAGGUGCGUUGGCAUUGGAGAGUGUGGACUCGAUUUCAGCUUCGAUCACAAAGGCAACGAAGCCGACCUCCAACUGCGUGCAUUCCGUGCGCAGGCCUCUCUUGCAGUGGAGACUGGCAAGGCACUGGUCGUGCACGCUCGGCAGGCCGAGCAGUUGUGCUUCCAGGUCUUGAGCGAGACUGUGCCCCCAGAUCACCCCAUCCACGUGCACUGCUACAGCGACUCUUUGGAGCAUGCUCUUCAGCUGUGCGACGUGUGGGAGAACCUUCGCAUCGGUUUUACUGGAUGCAUUACCUUUGCGCUGGAGGACAAAGGGAAAAGCAAGGGGAGAGGCUCCAAAGGCAGAGGGAAAAGCAGAGAUCGGCCGGAGCAUUUCGCCGCGCUGGUGCAAGGCUUGCCAUUGUCGCGGUUGCUGAUCGAGACGGAUGGCCCCUACAUGUGUCCAGAGCCCUUCCGGGGCCAGACCGCUCACCCUGGGCACGUGCACAGGGUGGCCGAACGCAUUGCUCAGCUGAAGGGCGUGCCGCUCGCCACCGUGAUGGCGGUCACGCGGGAGAGCUGCAGGACCGUCUACGGAAUAUGA